CCACCAAGCCAACCUCCAACUCAGCAAUACCAAGCACCUAGUCAAGCACCCAGCCAUGCUCCAGCCCAGCAGAUGGCUAAUAUGAAAAUCAGUGACAUGUACCAAUACAGAGGAACCGGUGUUUGCAAGGAUAAACCUGGAUUCGAUGGCCACAAGGAGGCUGAAAUUUUGCGCAAGGCCAUGAAGGGAAUUGGCACUGAUGAAAAGGCCAUUAUUGAUGUACUAACAAGUUGCUCCAACAAACAACGUCAGAAGAUCAUCCUUGAUUACAAGACAAUGUAUGGAAAGGAUCUUAUCAGCAACCUGAAAGGAGAAAUAAAGGGAAAGUUUGAGGAUGUUGUGCUAGGGUUACUGCAGUUACCUGCAUUGUUUGAUGCUUACCAACUCAGGAAAGCUAUGAAG